AUGACAAGUAAGUAUUUAGAUUUAUCAUCUUUACAUCGUCGCUUUGCAUCUUUGGCACUCUCUUGUGUUCAUCGUGAAUAUCCAAACAAAAUUGCUCAUGUUCUUACAUCCGAUGCAGAUAUUCAAGGACCUCGUCGAUUAACACCAGCGUUUUAUGGUUGCUUUGAUUGGCAUUCGGCUGUUCAUGGUUGCUUUGAUUGGCAUUCGGCUGUUCAUGGUCAUUGGUUAUUGGUUCGUCUGGCACGAAUCGAUCAAACUCUAACAAAUGAAUGUUGUCAAGCACUUCGGCAAAGUUUAACAAAAGAAAAUCUCGACAAUGAAGUGAAAUAUAUCGAUAAUAAUCAACGUCAAGCAUUUGAAAGACCCUAUGGAUUAGCAUGGUUACUACAAUUAACUAUGGAAUUAGACGAAUGGUCAAAAGAUAAUCAUCAAAUCUAUUCGAAAGAAAUUCAUCAAUGGCGUGAAAAUCUUCGUCCAUUAGAAGAACUUGUGGUCAAACGUUUAUCAUCUUGGCUUCCAAAACUAUCUUAUCCCGUUCGUAGUGGUGAACAUAGUCAAACAGCUUUUGCACUUGGUCUUACGCUCGAUUAUGCUCAUCAUGUAAAUAAUGAAACAUUUGGUCAACUGAUCGAACAACAAGCGUUACGCUUUUUUGCUCAGGAUAAAUUCUAUCCAUUCAAUUAUGAACCGUCGGGAGAAGAUUUUCUAUCAGCAGGCUUAGCUGAGGCUGAUCUCAUACGACGUGUCAUGAGAAACAAUCCAGACAAAUUUAUUGAAUGGUUAAACAACUUUUUACCUGAGAACCAUCAGUUACCAUCAAGUCUUGAACCACCUGCGAUUGCCGAUCCGUCUGAUCCAAAACUGAUUCAUUUGGCUGGUUUGUGUCUUAGUCGAGCAUGGAUGUUAGAAGGAAUCAUUCAUAUGCUACCAGAAAAUCAUCAACAACGACAUCAAUUGAGCGAACUGAGUCAACGAAAUGCUCAUGCUGGUCUCACAGCAAUUGACGAAAAUCAUUAUGAAGGUGGACAUUGGUUGGGAACAUUUGCUGUGUAUUUAAUCACACGUCGAGGAAUUAACUGA